AUGGGCGGAGCAACCACGACAAGGACCUCUGGACAUAUGAUGUCAUCAUCCAACAACCCGCUUCUCAGCAAUGGCAAUGGCGGCAGUGGUGUGGGUCUCAACUCUCGAGUUCAGCGUUCUGAUGCGCCUGAGUGGAUGAGCUACAAUCCUGACUCGGAUGGAGCGGCGAAAGAAGGAUAUGAUGGAGGCGACCAACCAGCAUUUGUGGACGACAUCCAAGCCUGGAAGGCACGCAUGAAGGAGCACGAACGCCGAGAGAAGGAAAAGGAGCUGAACCAAGGCCAGAGCAGAGCUGAUCCUAAAGGUCCCUCGAGAGCCGACAGCAGUUCUUCAUGGAGGUCAGGUGGUCCUGGGGCUCAGACUGGUGACGACGAUAAGACGACUGGUGAUGCAAAAGGCACACCAACAUUGGAAAAAUCUCUUGGUCGGUCAAUGCUAUCCAACGAGCCCAUCCAGGAUAUCGACAUGUUCUUCAGCCCUGGAGGAAUUGAUCUCAGCAAGCCUUUCGACGCAUCGACGGCGUUUGACAAGUUUCUGUCUCAGCAUACGAUCGCAGCUUCCACAGCAGAAGAUCCCUUGCAACAAAAGCCAGCUCGAAAGACGGAUGGCUCGCGAUUUGCGCGUUUCUUUGCUGAGGAUGAACCAGAACCCGCCAAGGAACCAGAGCAGCCUAGGUCAAACAACGACAUGCCAGGAAAGCAGCUGUCCCUUGAUCAGCUCUUCCAGUCUCAUGCGCCAAACUCUGCUGCAGCAUCGGCCCCUCCACCAUUGGGCCGUAUGCCCUCAGAAGCCGAGAUUCUUCAAUCCAUGAAGGGAGCCCAAUCUCCUCCUGCCAAGCUUGACGAUAUGAAUGAACUAUCGGAUGACGCAUUUGGAUUCAGCAAGAUUAUGGCUGCUCUUUCCAAGCCUCCUGUUAGCAACCCAGAGUCACUGGCGUCCUUGAGUCCAGUGAGCUCUCGGCCCGCGACGCUUCCUAAGGGACAGGAUGGACCAGCUCCUUCCAACCAACCAAAACUCAACGCACCUCCAGGAUUGUCUGCAGCAUUCCAGGACCCCUCCAUUGUAUCUUACCAAACCAAGCCGGCAACACUCCUUGACACGCUGAUGAUGGGAUCUAAUGAGGCCGCAGUGCCAUUGAAUACCACCCAAGCAAUCCCCUCCGUUGCUCCUUCCGAGAACGCAGCAGGACAGACACCUACAGCACCUUCUUCUACAUCCACUACGAUUACACCCACGACAACAGUCACACCCACGACAAUAACCUCCAUGACAUUCACCGCGACUUCUACUACUGCCACUGCACCUGCGACAGAGGCGCCCCGCCCAACACCACGACCUGUUCAAGUAGCUUUUGGCGGCGGUAUUCCUACCUCGGUGUACCGCCAAUUGAGCGGGAAGACUGAUGGACAGAAAUCCGCUUCUCCACUGAUCCGACCCCUCGGCUCUGCCAACGGUUCCAGCACCAAUGGAGGCGGCUCAAGCCCAUCGCUCUCAUCACCAUCGGUGAACAGUCCUCGCCAAUUUAAUGCACAGGUUGCUCAACCUGCUCAACAGGGGCCUCCUUCUCACCAACCACAGCAGCAUCAGCCGCAGCAACAGCAACAGCUCCCGCCUUUGCAGCAGCAAUCACAGUCGCCUCAGGUUCCACAGCAGCAAAUGAACAAAAACUUUGGGCCCUACAGUCAGGGCCCUGGACCUAUGCUUCAUUCACCCGCGAUGGAUCCGAGGAUGGGGCCCAUGUUCCCCAACGGCGGUCCUUCACCCAUGGGCGGACAUGGUCAUGGUAUGGAGAACGACCCUCAAGGAUUCUUCCACGGCAUGCCCAUGCAGCGCCCACCCCAAGGAGUUCCCCCUCCUUUCGGGCAACAGAUGCCUCCUUUCAGCCAGCAGAUGCAUGUGAGCGGGCCUGGCGACUUUAUGCCCCCACACCCCGGUCAGAUGGUAGGAAUGCCUCCUUUUGGUGCGCCUAUGCAUCCUGGCAUGUUCCCGAUGAAUCCUGUGGAGAUGCUGAUGCACCGUGGUCCUGGUGGACCUCCUCCACCUCGCCCCAUGCCUGGAAUGGGCCCUGGUCCUGGCCCCAACCACUUCGUGCCUAACAACUUUGGCCACCCUAUGAACGGCAUGCCCCACCAUGUCGACAGCAUGUUCCAGGAACAAUAUUCAAGUUCCGAGUUGGUCAUGAAGCGUUGCCCCGGUGCCAUUAUUGACCCCGUGGUGUCCACUUUCCUUCCUUCAAUUGACGAUAAUGAGCUGGGGUACUUCCGCAACUGA